CUAUGACUCAGUUGGCAUGUUUCGUAGUAUAAAAAGACGUAUAGAGGAAGAAAAGUUUGAAAGUGAAGGUUAAUGAAAAUGUUUAAAUAUUACAAGACGUCAAAGAGUGGAUACAUCUGCACCAUUGUAACCUAUUUUCAGUCAUGUCGACAAGAGCCUUUGACCACUGGUUCAUAUGGUCUUGAAGUCCGAAGCCAGGUAGUCCAUACCCGCAUACAUGUCUCAGACCAACCUUCAAAGACUUCAUGAACUGGUACAACUUCUUGAGUGGGUACCCCGAGCCUCCCAACACUGCACAUCUGGGUAAACCGUUGCUGAACGCACACAAUACAUGUUCAAUUUACUUCAGUUAGUGAAGGUUGAUAGCUUCAUCGACUGACUUGUUUUUCUUGCAUAAUAACCUUCGCUUAACCUCGACAAUGCUCACACUAUGAUUUCACCAUACGUGAGUAGUGUUGUGAAGAUGCUUGUGUUUAAAAACGUGUCAUAAUUUGAUAUCUCCUACCUGCAACGGCCAUGUGUCAUAGCCGUAUAACAGGACAUAAACUACAGUGUAGUAUACUCCUCCUAUAACAUAGUCACAUAUCUCCUAGCUGACAUAUGGAUGACAUUCGUUUAUACCUUUGAUGAGUUGUUUGUUCGUAGUAACAUAAAUUAUUUCAUUUUUUUCCAUCACAUUCUUACAUCAGCAAAUGAUUUACUUCCUUGAACGACACACUGUUUUCUUUUGAAAAUCUUUCGGUAAUCGUGGAUGGAGUUGGCGAUAACGUGCCAUUGGCGUUUGGCUUCUAAUAAAUCUGUUCGCCGUCGCUGAAAUAUUUGUACCCAGUUUAUCUCAUGAAGUUUUUGGAAAGCGAACAAUGAAGAGAUGACCACUACUGUGAAAUCAAAUGAAGAUUCCUCGCUCAUUCAUUCAGACGAGAAUGAUUAUAUUGACGUGGCUGCCGAAAUAUCAAAGGAAAAUGUACUAAAUAACUACACUGUGAAUGAAAGUACGGUAUCUCUUUCUGUAUUAGUGGAUGAAAUGUCAUUUCCUGAAAUACCGUCUCCAAAUGAUUUUGAUACUUUUGACCAUUUAUCUCUUAUUUCACAAAAAGAAGAGUCACCAAAGAUUGUAUCUGAAAAUCAAACUUUGUCAACAAAUGACUUAGUAAAGAGUGAAACCAAUAAACCAGUUGAUGUUUCAAGUUCAGCUUUUUCUGAUGAACCUACUUCAGAAACAUCUAAUAAUACUCCUGAAUCGUCUCAAAGCCCCUCAAUUCCGGAUCUGCUUGAAAAUUCUUUAAGUCAAAGCAUAGUUUCUAAACCAAUGCCAGUUUCAUUUCAAACUGAUGAUCAUACUGCAGAAUUACCAAGCGAAAUUCCAAUUUAUGAUAAUGAUGUUGACAAUACUUCUGAAAACAAUAAUACGCUUACACAACUUGAUAGUUCAAUCAGUAAUAAAAAUUUGACUGAAUCCAAUUCUAAAGAAUUCUCAGAUUGUUUAAAUAUGCAAGAAUUAACUGAUAAUUUAAAUACUUGUACAGAAAUGAAUGAGAGGUCUAUUGUUGUAUCAUCAGUUCAGUCCAAUGAAUCAUCUGAUAAAUUGAAACCGGGGAAUAUAAAUUCAUCAGAUGUUGAUGACUCAGAGAAUUCUAUUUAUCAUAUUAAAUGGAUUAAAUUCAAUAAUCAUAUACGUGCAAUUAUAACACAAAAUCAAAAUGGUCCAUGCCCAAUGAUUGCUAUCGCCAAUGUAUUGUUAUUACGUGGAACAAUUGAUUUGCCAAAAGAUAGCGAAUUAAUUAGUGGAAAUCGUUUAUUGGCUAUUCUCAGUGAAUUACUUUUAUCAAAGACACCUGAUGAUCUUGACGAUGGUCAACUAAUUAAUUAUGAAUCAAAUUUCUACGAUGCACUAUGUUUAUUUCCUAGUUUACAAACUGGACUUGACGUAAAUAUCAGAUUCACUGGUGUCUCAGACUUCGAAUACACUUCCACAUUAAGUUUAUUUGAUUUGUUCAACAUACACAUUUACCAUGGUUGGCUUGUGGAUCCUGAUGAACAUGAUUUGGCGAUGACUGUUGGCAAACGAACCUAUAAUCAGUUAACUGAAGAAUUACUUCGACUUAGAUCUUCUCAAACCUCUGAAGAUGUAUACAGAAGUACACUUAUUGAAUGGUUUUUAAAUCAAAGUGGUUCCCAACUGACAUUCCAUGGUCUAAGUCAAUUGGUUUCAACUUUACGCGAUGAAGAAUUGGCUGUGUUUUUUCGAAAUAAUCACUUUAGCACUAUAUUAAAGCAUAAGGAUUCUAUAUACGUGUUAGUGACAGAUAUGGGUCUACUCAAUGAACCUAAAAUAGUUUGGGAAUUAUUAAAUGAUUUAGAUGGUGAUACACAAUUUGUUGAUUGUUCAUUUCAAUUAUUUUGUCCAUCAACUUCAACUCCUCCAUCUGAAGAGUCAUCUGAUGCUGUCCGUAUUAUCACAAUUAAAUCAGAUAAAAAUAAUUCGAAGUAUAAUACUGAUAGUAAAGUUGAAAAUAAUAAGGAUACUUUUAUUGAAAGACAAUAUUAUCCUAAUUCUUUAACAUCAUACAACGUGUCUGAAAGCAAUUCUACAUCACUAGAUUAUGAAUUAUCCAAGAUGUUGCAAGAAGAAGAGAUUAAAGCUUCAAAUCAGGAUCCGGAGAAAUUUUGGAAACUAUAUAAAUAAUAUACCUCAGAUGGUGUUAGAUUGUCACUUUAUACGCUGUAUAUUGGCAACUUCUGUUUGUAUGAAUGGUUGUAAUCAAAAUUAGCGAUUACUAUCCCAUCAGUAUCCACAUUAUCUUGUAGAUGAUCUCUCUCCCUCUCUCUCGAAACGUAAAGAUUUUUUUGCUUCUGUUGUUCCUGACUCAUUAUAUAGUUGAUUUUAUCAACGCUAUCCUUUUCUUCCUUCCUUUGAAAUAGAAGCGAAAGUGUUUUCAUUAUAAACCUCUUUUUUUCUUUUUGUAUAUAUAUAUAUUAUUACAUUAUUCCUGAUUGUAUUAGUAUUCUUUUCACUCAUCUUUUUUUCAACACAGUUGUAUUGAAAGAAGUGGGGAUAAAGAAAGAGUAUGAGUUCACUGAAAGUAAACCAAAUCAACUAUUCUACAUACUGUAUGUAUCGUCUUCAAUUUUACUACGGAAAAGAUCAAUCACAUCAGUGUUAUGAUAUCACCAAGUGAAAGAGUGCAACUCUUAAAAAUCUUCCCUAUUUUCAUACACUACAACACCUUCCAUUACGAGAUGUAAACAGAUUUAUUUUUCAUUACUUAUUAUUACUAUUAUUAUUAUUUGUAGUAUGCUUUAUUUACAUUAUUACUACCUUUAUUUAUCUAUUCUUUCACUUUAUUUGCUUCAGUGAUUUAAUUCCUUAUUAAUUUGAUUACUCGAAAUACUUAUAGCAGUAGUUAUGCGUCUCAGUUGUGGUAAGGACAAUAUCACAGUCUCUAAAAGCCUCUUUCAUUUGGUUAUAAUAACCAUUACUGACUUGAAAAUGUUUAUAUUUUCAUCUGUGUUAGUUUAGUUUUGGCUUCUUUUCUCUCUCUCUCUCUCAUGUAAAUUAUGUCAGUUUUGUUUAUUUACUGUUUAUUCAAGCGAGCUCACUUCCGUUUAAGGGGUAUAUUUACUAACGUGUGAUGAUCAGAUAUUUCUUUUUAUUUAUGCAUAUUCAUGAUGCAAACGCGUACACAUAGAUCUCUUGCAGCCAUAAGUAAGUAAGCCUUGAACGUUCUUCAUAUAGUGCGUAUAUAUAUAUAUAUAUAUAUAUAUAUAUAUAUAUAUAUAUACUUAAUGGACAAAAGUAUGAACACCGUAUACUUUGUAUUUUGCCAGAAUUAACCAUUACCUCAUAUGAUUUGACACUUCUGUACAUCUAUUUCAAAUCAUCAUUAUUAUGACUAUUAUUAUUAUUUUCUUUAUCCUCUCCUCUCCUCUCUCUGUCUUUAUAUAUAUAUGCUCAGAUACUAGUGUAUUUUUUCUUUGAAUGAUCGAUUUAUAACUGCUUUGUUUUUAAUUAUUUUUUCACCUAUAUGUGAUGAAAUAUUAUUUUUUAUCGAUUCAAACAAUGUUUCGUGUCUACUAACUAACAUAAUUUCUAUUUCUUAGAUGACUUGCUUUAUUUUCUCUUUAUUACUCAGUGCUAAUGGUACCAACAGCAGUUGUAUGAGUGGUACACAGGUGCGUGUUAGUAUUACAUGUAGUUUUGCGUUGUGUUGUUCCCUUUUCAAACGAAGAUUCACAAUAUACAUGUAACUCGUUUUUAUUUCUAUUCGGCAUAUAUAUGAAUAUUACAUAAUGACUACGUACGUGCAUAUUUACCCAUUGACUUUUUUGACGUUCGCCUCACAUGAUGUUAUUAAUUUCUCUUUAAAUAAAGUGUCUUCAAAGAUGAA